AUGCCCACACCGACAUGGUCUUGGCUCUAUUAUCCUGGAUCGAUCGUCACAGGCGAAUCUUACACAGGUCCAGGACCUCGGAUUCCAACUGAUACUCCUAAUACCUACGAGUCAAAAUCGUUCCGGCCACUGGCUAUGCUGUGUCGCGCAAAGAUGUUUGCAGAGGGGAUUAGCCCAUAUGCUAUAUUUGACAAAGCAGUCCUGGAAAUUAGAUGUCUCCUCAUACCGAUGGAACUCUUUGCUGUUUCGGACAUGGAGUUUCCACCUGAAAGCUAUCGAUGGGACCAGGAUACCGUGAUACAAGCGGACAACAGUAUUGAAUGUCUUGGAUUUCGACCAGACAGCCAAUGGCGGGAGAUCAAAUUUUCCUUCGAAUUUAGCAGGCUAAUACAAAGCCUCAAUAAUCUCUUUCUUCUUCCACUGUACAUCGCUGAAUCCGGAGUAUCCAGGGUUGACGAGAUGUUGAAAGGCAUUAUUGUCACAAGAAGUAUCAAUGCCAAGGAGCGCGAAUUUACGAGAGUUGGAACCUGGCUGGAAGACUUUCGCUUUCCCUCUCAGAUCAUACCCGUGAUACGUAACACAAUUAUCAAACAGGGGAUCGGAAUUGACGACGAAACAUCUCAUUACCCUUCCGCAGAGCAAGAAAGGGUUUUCGAUUCCAAAUUACGCAGCUACUCAGUGGAAUGUUCAUCGUCCGAUGUUAAAUUUCCGGUGAGGCGCGCAAGGAUAGUACCAGAUCCUGGUUCCUGCAGCGUUGCAGCUGAAGAGGAGCCGAGGAAGACGCACAACAACCAAGCUGGACAAGAAGGUACUGGCUCAAGUCCUGCCCCUGUCACUGUUAGUGAAGAAGUCGAAAUCCAGACCUUUAUGCUCAAGCACUCUUCAUUGCCGCAUUUCUCAAAGGCAGAGUGGACCACUGUAUCUUUAGUUUAG